GACCUCUCACUACAGCAGGAUUACUACAAGAAAACUACAGUUAAACUACAAACGCGUUUACUGUAGGACUUCCUCAUGUACGGCGGAUUCAGCUCAUCCUCCAAGAGGAACUAAAACAUCCACGGGAAAUUCUCCAGAAAGUUCUCAUUCACUGCUUUAUCUACUCAAGGAUUACAACAGUCCAUCUCUGAAACCCAUCCUGCUGAGGUCAGACCAAUCAGACACUCGAGAACCUGGCACCCAAGGCUGGACAAGAACUAGGCAGAACCAGACCAACCAAGAAUCGGACUAGCAAAGCAGCCAGGCUCCAUAAAGUGGAUCGAACCAAGCCAGGAGAGACCAAAAGAGACCAGCAGGAAUCAGUAAAGACCAUUGGAAAAGUUUGAUGGGACUGCUGACGAUAGCCACAUGCCUCUGAGUCCGGCUGCUGACACCAAACAUGAUCGCCAACGGCAACAGGCGGUUACAAACGGCAACCCGACAGGCUCUGCUGUUGCCAGGGACGACGACGGAGAUGACACGCCCUCCGGAACCAGCAUCGUCGUCCGCAUCGGCAUCCCGGACCUUCAGCAGACGAAGUGUUUGCGGUUGGACCCAGAGUUACCAGUUUGGACCAGUAAGCAGAAGGUUCUGGUGACGUUGACUCAGUCUCUGUCGGAUGUUUUGAACUAUGGUCUCUUCCAGCCGGCGUUCAACGGCCGAGCCGGAAAGUUUCUGGACGAGGAGCGGCUGCUGAAGGAGUAUCCUCUCCCUCCCAUCACGCCCAUCCCAUACCUGGAGUUUCGUUAUAAGAGGAGAGUUUACACGCAGAGCUACGUGGACGAUAAACAGCUGGCCAAGCUUCACACCAAGGCAAACUUAAAGCGCUUUAUGGAACAUGUUCAUCAGAAGAAUGUGGAGAAAGUUUCAAAAUGGUUAGAAAAAGGCCUGGACCCCAACUUCCAUGACUCAGACAGUGGAGAGUGUCCUCUGACUCUGGCCGUCCAGCUGGAGGAGAGCUGCGAUUUGAUUAAAGUCCUCCGCAAUGGAGGAGCUCACCUGGACUUCAGGACCCGGGACGGGAUCACGGCUCUGCACCGGGCCGUCCUCUGCAGGAACAGCACCUCUCUCACUACUCUACUGGACCUCGGAGCGUCUCCGGACUACAAGGACAGCAGAGGUCUCACUCCUCUUUAUCACUCUGCCAUCGUGGGCGGCGCCCCCUACUGCUGCGAGCUGCUGCUGCAGGACCACGCAACCAUCGGGAUGACAGAUGAGAACGGCUGGCAGGAAAUUCACCAGGCAUGUCGCUAUGGUAACGUGCAGCACUUGGAGCACCUGCUGUUCUACGGGGCGGACAUGAGUUCCCAGAAUGCGUCGGGAAACACCGCUCUGCAUCUGUGUGCUCUGUACAACCAGGACAGCUGUGCCAGAGUGCUGCUGUUCAGAGGAGCAAAUAAAGACAUCAAAAACUACAACAACCAGACGGCCUUUCAGGUGGCGAUAAUUGCUGGGAACUUUGAUCUCGCAGAAAUCAUUAAGAUCCACAAAACCUCUGACGUUGUAGUUCCCUUUAGAGAAACUCCAUCCUACACAAAGCGGCGCCGAGGAGUAAGCAGGACGACGGCUGGGAACGGUCUGUCCUCACCACGCUCUUUGAUUCGCUCAGCUAGUGAUAAUGCUCUGGAAAGCCCCGCCUCCUCCCCUGGCCCCUCCCUCCAAAGCCUGGAGACGCAUCAUGACACGCACACGCAUUCGCUACGACGACACACACGCCGCCUCAGCCCAAGCGGUGGAGGCCAUGUUGAAACCAGCCCCCCCUCCUCGCCUCCCUUAACCCCCCAGAUGAGAAAGAGGAGGCUGUACAGCGCCGUACCUGGACGUACCUUCAUCGCCACCCGCUCCCACGUCCCACAGGGGGCUGGAGAGAUCCAGCUGCACCGCGGGGAAAGAGUCAAAGUCCUGUCCAUUGGUGAAGGAGGAUUCUGGGAGGGCAGCGUUAAAGGAAGAACUGGAUGGUUUCCUGCUGAAUGUGUUGAGGAAGUUCAGAUGAGACAAUAUGACCCCAGACUCGAAACGAGGGAGGACCGCACCAAGAGACUGUUCAGACAUUAUACUGUAGGAUCCUAUGACAACUACACCUCCUACAGUGACUACGUGAUCGAGGAAAAGACAGCCGUGCUGCAGAAGAGAGAGAGCGAGGGAUUCGGCUUCGUCCUCAGAGGAGCUAAAGCUGAGACCCCAAUCGAGGAGUUCGCCCCGACACCUGCGUUUCCCGCCCUGCAAUAUCUGGAGUCAGUAGACCAAGGGGGUGUGGCCUGGAGGGCAGGGCUCAGGACUGGAGACUUCCUCAUAGAGGUGAACGGAGCCGACGUGGUGAAGGUGGGUCACCGGCAGGUCGUCUCUCUGAUCCGUCAGGGAGGAAGUCGUCUGCUGAUGAAGGUCGUCUCCGUUUCAAGAAAAUCUGAAACCAACCUGAUCAGAAAGAAAGCCCCUCCUCCACCGAAACGAGCUCCCAGCACCUCGCUGACACUUCGAUCCAAGUCCAUGACCGCUGACCUGGAGGAGAUAGAGAAGCUGGACGAGAUGUUAGCCGGGGGGCAGCAGGAGGUCGUUCUGAGGGCCCGCCCGACGGACGACUUCAGAGCAGCAACGGUGAAACAGAGACCGACAAGCCGCAGGAUCACACAGGCUGAGAUCAAUUCUUUGUUUGAGCGUCAGGGUCUCGUGCCUCCUUCAGCUCCAGAGAAGAGCACAAUGGCUUUACCCAGGGGAAUGUCCAGAACUAAAAGCUUUGGCACACCUGAAGACGACAGGAUCACGGCUCUAAUCAACGAAAGUCGAUUUCCACGGAGCUCCUCGCUGACGGACAGCUUCAUCCCCCCUCCUCCUCAAACAGCUCCACCUCCUCCUCCUUCUGCCUCCUCCACCUCCUCCAUCUUCCUCCUUGACUCUGGCCCUCCACCAUCUUUCCUCCCCCCUCCUCCCCCAGCCAGAGGUGAUGGGCUGACCCGCUCCAGCUUCAAGCCGGGGGCCGAGCCAAGGCUCCAGGACAUCUCUGAUACCCCACCGAGGAGCCACGCCCAUGCCGAGCGACAGAGGAAGGCGAGGUCGAUGAUCAUCCUGCAAGAUAUGCCGCCGCAGUUACAAACUGACGCACACGGCUCCACGCACACGCUGCACACUGCCACGCACACCGCCACGCACACGCUUCACACUGCCACGCACACCUCUACCCUGUCCCUUCACAGUACUAGCCCCGCCCUUGGCCACUCACCACUGUCACGCCGCCGGGGACGGCCAAUAGAAAACCCUUACGCUAAUGUUGGACAGCAAGCUCCGCCGUCAAAGCCACAGAGGAGGAAGUCACCUUUGUUGAAGCAGCUUCCUGUUGAGGAGCAGGGACUGGGAAUGAAAGAUCACGAUUCCUCAAAAUUAGAAAUCCCCGGAGCCCCAAGUAGGGCGGAGCUGUACCAGCAGCAGGUCCUGUCGGAGCGUGCUCGGGUUCAGGGCCGCAGGUCAUCUCUCUUCCUGUCUGUGGAGGGUUCUGGGUCAGAAAACCAGGUUCCGCCUCUCUUGACUCAGAGCCACUCGAUGGACGACCUUGGAGAGCUUCCCCCACCAGCUCCGGUCCUGUCACCCUCACCAACGCCUCACACCUUCCUCCAUCCGCUGACAGGGAAACCUUUAGACCCUUCAUCUCCACUCGCCCUGGCUCUUGCUGCGAGAGAACGAGCCCUCACUGCUCGCACCCCAAGCCCAGAGCCUCGACUCAAACAUGUUUCUGCCUCCACCACACCAAUUCCCACCCCAGCUGCAAGUCCAGAGGGUAGACACAAGCGCACCCCUAUCCCCACCCCACAGAGCAGCCCUGAGCCAAGAUCCAAGCGUACCACCCCUCAGACAAGCCCUGAGCAGCGAACCAAGCGCACCACUCCCCAGACUAGUCCAGAGCUGAGGCAUAAACGUAUAACUCCGCCUUUAUUCCCUGAUGGACAAGUGGAGCGUCCAGAAACAGAGGGAGGAGUGACUUCACCUGCUGGUCCCUCUCCUGAGCGCUGGAGACCCACACCCUUGCCAACCCUGGCAAACGAGACUCACCCUUCUCUGAUUGACCGGCGGCGCAGUCUCACGGUGGGAAGCUCAGAGGAGGACGGCGGGGCUUACACGGUUACUCUUCCUCCAGCAUUACUGUCGUCCAGCGACGAGGAGACAAGGGAGGAACUCCGCAGAAUUGGCUUAGUAACACCACCCCCAGCCUUUGCCACUUCUCCCGCCCCUCCACCAUCCUCUCUCACCUUAUUUACACGACGGGGAGUGGAGGGAGGCGGAGGAGAGGGUGCAGACUCCCUGGUUAGACGAGUAGAUGAUGAGGAGGGAGGAGAGGAGCGGCUCCUUGAAAGCACCUCCCCUAGCUCGCUCCCACCCUCCAUAACCUUGGCCUCCCCUCCAGCUCCAACCUCCCCGACCUCCCCUCCUGCUGCACAACCUUCCCCUUCCUCUCCUGCCACCUCCCCAAUAGCUCUCAAGCCACGCCUUCGCUCCCCUAUAGGCCGAGGCCGCUCUGCACUACGGGACCCACUGCUGAAGCAAUCUUCGGACAGUGAGCUCCUCCCAUCGGCUGCAUCCUCCUCAUCCCCCUCCUCCCCCCUCUGUUCCUCCCCGACCAGUGGCGGUGGCCGUCAGCCGCGCUAUCUGUUCCAGAGGAGGUCCAAGCUGUGGGGCGGUGGGGAUGACCGCGGGGAUGAGCGACGAGGUCUCAGCCCAGAGGAAGGGGGAGGCCGUCCAGCUGCACUGGGAGGUCAGGGAUCUGGUUCAGCUGUAGACCUGACAAACAGGUCGGCGUCAGCACUGGAGCUGAGUGGUAGGGCAGGGUCUGGACUGGAUCUUGCUAACCGACUGCAGUUGCUCAACAAAGACAGUCACUCUCUCGGGGAGGAGCCAAGUCCCCUGGACCCAGGCCGGAGGUCACCAGUAGGAGGUGCCAGGUUGUUCUCCAGUCUUGGUGAACUCCACACAAUCUCCCAGCGAGGAUACGGGGCCAGCUACACAGUCCGACCAGGAAGCCGCUACCCUGUCACUCGCCGGAGCCCCUCCCCUUCUCCCUCCCCAUCUGAAAGGCCAAUGGGACACACUUCCUCCGGUUCUGAAAGGCCAGACCUCAGCUCGGGUCGAGGUUUAACCAUCUUGAAGUCGUCCAGUCUAAGUCUCCCCUCAGAACCGAAGGAAGUCCGUUUUGUGAUGCGAAGUGCCAGCGCAAGAACCAGGUCCCGCUCACCCUCGCCGUCCCCUCACGCCUCCCCCUGCCCCUCCCCAGUCCUCAGCGGGCCCUUGUUAGCUCUCCGGCCAUGGAGGCAGCGGCCUCUCAACUUGUGGAAUAAGUAUGACGUGGGUGAUUGGCUGGAGAGCAUUGGCCUAGCCGAACACCGCCAGCGCUUCCAGGAGCAUGAGAUCGAAGGGUCCCAUCUUCCCGCCCUCGCCAAAGACGACUACAUGGAGCUGGGCGUCACCAGACUGGGACAUCGGAUCAACAUCGAGAGGGCACUCAGACAGCUUCUAGAUGGUUCCACUUGACCCCUCAUCUGUGCCCAAUAACCUCUAGAAAUCCUGAACUGUGACCUCAUAACACUAGGCCAUCUCUUUGACUAGGAUAUCUUAGCAGUGACUCAAUCUUUAGACCUUUUUACCAACGUGGAGCCAAGCUCUCUGAGUGGUCUUGGUGACAUUUUUGGCUCAUCAGCUCUUUGAUCAACCCUAAUACACCUGUAGCACAAAAGUCUGAGUCCAGUGUAAGUUCUGGCUUUAUUGUAGACUUUGAAAAUUUAGUUUGACCUUGGUUUAAUUUACUCUAGACCACAAAGUUCAUACCAUAAAAACUUUCAGCCCCAAACUGGCCAUUAAGUGGAACCUAGGUUGGCUGAUCCCCAUGCCAUUUUGUCUUUAGGGACUAAAAACUUUUGAAAUGAUAGAGCUUUUCUACACAACAUGAAAUCCUAAACAUUUCCUGAGAAAAACCAUCAUUUCUGUUUUCAAACUUGAAGAGCGUCUAAUUAGCAACAAUUAGAAUCUGAAUGGAGGUGCAGAUUGGCAGCAACUUGACUUUAGAGAGCAGUCAGCUGACCCUAUGUCAAGCCGUGGCCUUACUAUUACACAAGAUCUGUCACGCUGGAAUCCUUCCCUAAACAAUAAUAAAUACUCCUCAAUUUGACAGACUUGUUAGGAUAUUUGAUUUGACUUGAUUACUUUAAUGAACCCAACCUAUGUGGAAGAAUAAAGACAAAGAUACAUUAGGGAGUAUGAGGAGCCUAUCCCAGCUGUCAUUUGGCGAGACGCAUGGUCUACCCUAGAUUGGCUGCCAGUCAAUUGCAGGGCUGACAUUUUGAGACAUCAGCCAUGCACACUCAAAAUCACAACUACUGUCAAUUUAAAGCCACCAAUUAACCUAACGAGUGUGUCUGUGGUUGUGGGAGAAGGCCGGAGUCCCUGGAGAGAACCAACACAUUCAAACUCAGCAACGAAAGAUCCUGACCGGCUCUGAACCAGAAACCUUCUUUCUGUGAGGCAAGGCAACAACCCUAACCCCUGUGUUGCCAUACAGCCCUGUUGCCAUAUAUUAAACUGUUAAUACCUAAUGUCCCCAUUACAACGGAGUAUUAGGGCCACAUGAAGAGAAAAAAAAAAUGUAAUUUUUUUGUUUGACAU